AAAGCAAUGCUGGGAUCACAACGUAAAAGACAACGUGUUCCGAUCUCAUGUCUUGUUUGUAAAAGACGUAAAGUUAAAUGUGAUAAGGCUCGGCCAGCCUGUGGAGGGUGUGUCAGAAAUAAAGUGCAACAUCUAUGCGAAUAUCUUGAUCCACAUUGGUCACAAGAGGAUAGUUUAAACACUUCAAACAAGAAAGGGAAGGAUAUCUCACUGGUUAAUUUAUCAACCCAAUCUUCAACCCCUACAGGAGUUAAUAUAAUUUUACAAAAACAACGUCGAGAAAUUGAUGAUUUAAAAAGGAAACUUGCCAUUGCACUUCAAACCACUACCAAAGAUUACUCUAAUGUGCUUACAAAUGGAGAAGGGGUUAAUAAAACGCUUAUUACAGCAUUACUGAAACUUGGAGGCAGUAAAAAGCCAUGUUUGGAGUUUGAAGAUGGUAUUUCUAUUACUGUUAUAAAAUCACAACGAAGAGAGUUCAUUGACAUUUAUUCAUGGGUGAAUAGCCUCAAGUUGGAUCCUCAACUUGCCGGAUUGUGGUUUAAAAUUACUAAUCUUCAAAAGAUAUACUAUACACAUAAGAUGAAUUCCUUACGACCACAGUCCAUAUCACCAGAUAAUUAUAACCAGAACAAUCAAUUGGCGAUGAAAUGCCCUGUAGUUCAGUACGAUAUUAAUACUAUGGCCCAAAACUCACCUACCGCAACUCCUACCCCUAUUCCAGAAUCUACCCUGAAGGCAAGAGUUGAGGAGAAAUCUGAUUUGAAUGUAUAUGAUCAUCUUUCUACCAAUGGGGCAACUGUACUCAAAUCGAUUCAACUCCUUUGGAACUCGACUUUAAAAAUUCUGAGAGAAGAAGUUUUAAACUAUGAACAAAUCCAAUUUCUUAUUGAUUAUUAUUUCGAGACCUCCGAAUCAAGAAGGUUAACAUUAUUCCAUCGGAAACAUAUUUUAAGUCACAUUUUAAAAAUGGAUGAUAGAGUAGUAUUGAAUAAUGAUAUGGAUAAGGCUAGUUCGAAUUCAGAUGAAUCACUUUUCUCGAAGUUAAAGAUGAAAGGUGUGUACCUCAGUAUGCUUGCACUUCUAGUAGAAGAGGCCAUAGAAAGAUUGAGAAGAGAAGCUUUUCUGACCGAUCUUGACCAAGUCCAUACAUCAUCACCUAAAAUUGAUCAUUUUAAAAGAAUUUUCCCUGCGGAAGUUCUCCUUGCACCUUUGGGUCCAAAAGAAUCUUUAGUGAAGAAUCGAGUUCAUAAAUUUCUCACGGAAACCUUACUGAUGAGACUCGCUGACAACGAUCCCGAAGUAACUCAUACACUCCCAUUUUUUGCUUGUUCAGUAUUGUUUAUGAAUAACACUAUUCAUUACAAAAGUGAAAACUCGAAAGUUCCACGCCCAUUUGCUGAAGUAUUUGCAUUAUUUCUUUCGAGAGUACUUGCUCCUGACAGUGUCGAUAUUUGGACUGACCCAAAUAUAUUGAAAAUACAUAAUGGAGAUGCCACUAGACUACAAGAACUUCAAAUUCAUAUGUGUUUUCUCUGGCUGAAUACAAUAUGCCUUGUCAACUUGGUCACAUUCUCAAUCGUACCCCUUGUACGUAUAAAUGACACUAUGGGGAAUUACUUGAUACAGAUUUUAAAUUUGAUUGAGAAAUCGGAAACUAAUCAAUAUCAUACGAGAUUUCUUGAUACUCUUAGUAUAGAGAAAACGUUGGAAGUUCCAUUGGAGGUCAAUCAGUUGAUAUCGAGGAUAAUAAAUACAUUGGCUAGAGGUACAAAUGAAAUGGUGGUUACUAUCGAUACAUUACAACGCCUUUCAAGCGAAUGUGGGGUUUGGGUUUCGCAUAAUUCUGAGAAGUUAGAUGGUUUCCAAUCUCUAAGAAUUGUUGAAAGUCAAAUCACUCUUUUAUACUUGAGAUUUUUCUUGUCAUAUUUACAAAUGCUACAAUUUGAAGAAAACUCAAAGCAAGGGGAAACAUACAAGUUUUGUACAUCUUCCAUACUCAAAUUGUGUACAUUAUUAAAGUAUUUGCGUGAUGUGACUACUUCCAGUAAUAAAUUGCCUUGCAGUUUAUAUAGGCUUCAAAUUGUGAAUGAAGUAUUGACCAGAAUGGUGUCACCAGUUUCAGGGAUUCUUUUAAGGUUAGCCAGUACACUGGCUUCAGAAAUUUCACUCGAAGUCGUUCUGAAUUUAAAUGAGACUCUUGAUCAACAAUUCCCCGAUGAUUGUGCUCAUGCUGGAGAAAUCGGAAAUAAAAUAAUCCUGGUUGUAAGUAGUUCUAUUACUAUAUUGAGAGAGGCUGUUGAGAAUCGGGAUGAACGUACACAUAUGUUGUCCAAGAUUUGGAACUUUUAUUUGGUAUUCAUCAAAAAUUUUAAUAAAAUAAGCUACAGUAGUUAUGAGAAAAUUCAUGCUAAUGUUCCAGCUUUUUCACUGUUUAAACGACAAGAUGGUGGGGCUAAUAAGUGUCCUGUACGAAACUUGAAUAAAACGAACAUUACACUGACUACAAGUGAAAAGAAAUGCCCCGUGGAUCAUGUUUCGUUACAAGGCAACUGUCCCAUAGACCACUCCGCAUUACUGGGUAAAUGUCCAGUAGAUUACAAGUCGCUAGAUAAAGAUCUGUUAGGUAAGUGUCCCAUUGACAUAAGUAAAAGAAAAUGUCCAUUUGACCAUGAGGCAUUGGUAAACCGAGGUGGCCGUGUAGGUGCAAAGGAAAGCCAUGUUCGUGGACAGGAUAAUAAAGCUGGACUUUUAUCACCUGUUCCAAUUCAUGCGGUUUCUCCUAUUCCGGAAAAUAAUACGAGGUUGCCAAACCUUGCUGAAUUGCUUCCAGCGGAUACAGGAAUAUCUAAAGUUGAGAAUUCAUUACCGGGUAUUCUAAACGAUUUUGCAGAACUUAACUUUGACAUGGAUACAGAUUUUGAUUUCCUUAUGCUGGACUUUUCUCUGGCCGCUAACUAA